AUGUUCCAACUUGAGAUGGAAGGACUUGAGGGCAUCGAAGAAGUGAUGCACAAGGGACAUCCUGUGAGUGAGGAGGACUUGCACGAGCUUGCCCUGAAGCUGGACCAGCUCAGCGGCCGAGAAACUGGCCAGGUGAACCUCUUCAGUUUCUUGGAGGCCUUCGUCGUGGAGCGACCACCUGGGCAGGAGUUUGAUGCUGCAGAGGAAUUCAUGUGUGAGCAUAUCCUCAGCUUCCUGUACCGCAACAGGCAUGCUGUUUGUUGUGGCUGCCACGAGGCGGAUCCUGAGCUGACUGGGCGCAUCAGAUGCUCUGCCUUUGCCGAGGUGCUCAGAGGCAUUGACAUUUCUUUGACCAAGAGUCGACGCACCUUUAGUGAUGUUCAGAUCGACGGUCUUGCGGAAGCACUGGGUGAAGAGGAUGGCACCUUUUCUUACUUCGAGUUGCUGCAAGCUUUAAUUGUUCGCGAUUGUGAGAAGACAUCAGGAUCAAUAGGAUCCAUCUAA